CCUCGCUCUCGCUGCUAGAGCCACACCGUCGGGCUGGGGGCUGUGGUUGUGGCACUGGGCGGCUGCCGCGGAGGUCCUGGGCGAGCAGGAUUAAUAACUAAUAUUUAUAUAAGACAGAAGAAAAAGAUGUCGUUCCGUAAAGUAAACAUCGUCAUCUUGAUCUUGGCUGUUGUUCUCUUCUUACUGGUUUUGCAUCAUAACUUCCUCAGCCUGAGCAGUCUGCUAAGGAAUGAGGUUUCAGAUUCAGGAAUUCUGGGGCUUCAGCCUAUUGCCUUUGUCCCCAAUGCUCCUCGACAUCUGGUAGAUAGGAGAGGAGAGGAGAUUCCUGUGGUCAUUGCUGCAUCUGAAGACAGGCUUGGAGGGGCCAUUGCAGCCAUAAACAGUGUUCAGCACAACACUCACUCCAAUGUGAUUUUCUACAUUGUUACCCUAAACAACACAGCAGACCAUCUGCGGUCCUGGCUCAACAGUGGUUCUCUGAAAAGCAUCAAGUACAAAAUUGUGAAUUUUGACACUAAACUUUUGGAAGGGAAAAUAAAGGAGGAUCCUGACCAGGGGGAAUCUAUGAAACCAUUAAUCUUUGCAAGAUUCUACUUGCCAAUCCUGGUGCCCAGUGCAAAGAAGGCCAUAUACAUGGAUGAUGAUGUGAUUGUGCAAGGUGAUAUUCUUGCCCUGUACAAUACACCACUGAAGCCAGGACACGCUGCUGCAUUUUCAGAUGACUGUGAUUCAACUUCCACUAAAGUUCUCAUCCGUGGAGCAGGGAACCAGUACAAUUACAUUGGCUAUCUUGACUAUAGAAAGGAAAGAAUUCGGAAGCUUUCCAUGAAAGCCAGCACAUGUUCCUUUAAUCCUGGAGUUUUUGUUGCAAAUCUGACAGAAUGGAAGAGACAGAAUAUAACUAACCAGCUGGAAAAAUGGAUGAAACUCAAUGUAGAAGAGGGACUCUACAGAACACUGGCUGGCAGCAUUACAACACCUCCUCUGCUUAUUGUAUUUUAUCAACAGCACUCCACAAUUGACCCCAUGUGGAAUGUCCGGCACCUUGGUUCCAGUGCUGGAAAACGGUAUUCGCCCCAGUUUGUAAAGGCUGCCAAGUUACUCCAUUGGAAUGGACACUUUAAGCCAUGGGGAAGAACUGCUUCAUACAUAGACAUAUGGGAAAAAUGGUACAUUCCAGAUCCAACAGGCAAAUUCAGCCUAAUCCGAAGACAUACAGAGAUGUCAAACAUAAAGUAAAAUAGAAUAAACUAUAACCAUUUCUCAGGAAAUCCUGUUGGAUCCAUGUGUGGCCAUGCUAGGCUUCCAUGCCUAUGUGGAGCAAUCCACAAAUGAGAUGUUUCAGAAGUUCAGUAAAAAUACCAAAUUGCCUUGUUUGGCAAAGACUGUCCAUCUCUGUCUCACCAAGUGUUGCCUACCACAAUGCUCAUUGACCAGAAUGGACUAAGGCUGGUAACUAAGUAUAAAGCUAAUUUAAGAACUGCUGCUUGGUUUUAAUUUUGUAACCUGUGGCCUCAUCUGUAAAUAAAACCUACUUUUUUUCCCC